GGGGUAUGCUUAGAAAACAGAUUUUUCAGUGACUGGUGAUUCUGUGGAAUGAGAUUCACAAAAUUGAGGGUAGUUUGGGGCAAAUUUGUGUGUUAAGUUGGAGGACAUUAGCUUUGAGGGAAGGAGGGAGCAGACAAAAAAUGCACUGCUUGAGAAAGUUAUGAAUUGGUUUGGUGGGAGCUGAUAAAGAUUAUGAAAGUUGAUUGCGGAGAGGUUUUGAUUAGGCAAGUGGGAGGUGUAAUGGGAGGGAUUUAUGAGGAAGCUGGUUACUAUUAGAAGAGUAAAUUUCAAGAGAGAAAAAUAGCAAGGAUGAGGAAAGAUUACUUUGGGAAAAUGCAGCUCAAGUGAAAAAAAGGAAGGCAAGGAAAAACUAAAAUGAGUAAGGUAUGGAAGAGAAGUUAAGAGUAAGAGGAAGGAUUAAAGAGAGGUCCUUAAAGAGAUUUCGUACUGUAUGAGUGUUGUGUUGGAAAUACCAUUGACUAUUAAAGGGGCCUACGCACCCUAUGGAUUGUAGGGGUGGGGAAUUUUAUGAGGAUAAGGAGGCGUAAUAGUUAAACCCGGAAAGCAGGGAGCCCAGGCCGGAUCCGACAGCCGCACGGGCGGGAUCUGCCGGCGUUCGGCUGGGCAGCGUGUGGAUCGGCGGCGCGGAGCUGCGUUGCGGGCGGCGCGGCCGCGCGGAGCGGGCCGGGAGGGCCGUGGGGACCUGCGCGCACGGGCCGGCGGAGGCGCCCCCGUCAGUGAGCAGGCCCGGGCCGGGAGGAGGAGCUCCCGGGAGCGCCCAGCCGACCUCCGCACGCGGCUCGCACGGCUUCCUUUUGUUGUGGUCUUAGUUCCCAGCUUGGUAGGUUCUUUUCUUCUCCCCAUUCUUGGUCCAGAGUUGUGGGAGAGGAGAAAGAAGGAAUAGAGACUUGGAAGGAGAAAUGAAAUUGGUAGAUGAUGCUAAAUGAAUUAGGUUCCAGAGACCGAGAGUUUGUGGCAGGAUAGAGGAAUCAACAGCUUGGAAAUUCUGCCAAGUGAUCUGGCGGGAUGGGCAUUUGCCUGACAUAUUUUAUAGAGGAAUUGGAUAGCAUAUGUGACUAAGUGGUUUGAGGGUAUCCAAAGCCUGUGAAAGCUAGAAACUCAACCAUGAUUUCUUUUUCGACUGUACAGCAUUGCCUUCCUUGAAGUCUUCAUUUUUACCUUAGUCUCAGUUCCUAGAUAAAAGCAAUGGAAUAUGAAUUUACAGCAACCGAAGUUAGAAGGGCAGAUUUAAUAUUGCCUGUUGUUUCUGUAAUAGAGAAAACAAGGCAGUUAUACUUAAGCAUGAACAUUGACGACAAACUGGAAGGAUUAUUUCUUAAAUGUGGCGGCAUAGACGAAAUGCAGUCUUCCAGGGCAAUGGUUGUAAUGGGUGGAGUGUCUGGCCAGUCUGCCGUGUCUGGGGAACUGCAGGAGUCGGUACUUCAAGAUCGGAGUAUGCCUCAUCAGGAGAUCCUUGCUGCAGAUGAAGUGUUACAAGAAAGUGAAAUGAGACAACAGGAUAUGAUACCACAUGAUGAACUCAUGGUCCAUGAAGAGACAGUGAAAAAUGAUGAAGAACAGAUGGAAACACAUGAAAGACUUCCUCAAGGACUGCAAUAUGCACUUAAUGUCCCUAUAAAUGUAAAGCAGGAAAUUACCUUUCCUGAUGUAUCUGAGCAACUGAUGAGAGACAAAAAACAAAUCAGAGAGCCAGUAGACUUACAGAAAAAGAAGAAACGGAAACAACGUUCUCCUGCAAAAAUCCUUACAAUAAAUGAGGAUGGAUCACUUGGUUUGAAAACCCCUAAAUCUCAUGUUUGUGAGCACUGCAAUGCUGCCUUUAGAACGAACUAUCACUUACAGAGACAUGUCUUCAUUCAUACAGGCGAAAAACCAUUUCAAUGUAGUCAAUGUGACAUGCGUUUCAUACAGAAGUACCUGCUGCAGAGACAUGAGAAGAUUCAUACUGGUGAAAAACCAUUUCGCUGUGAUGAAUGUGGUAUGAGAUUCAUACAGAAAUAUCAUAUGGAAAGGCAUAAGAGAACUCAUAGUGGAGAAAAACCUUACCAGUGUGAAUACUGUUUACAGUAUUUUUCCAGAACAGACCGUGUAUUGAAACAUAAACGUAUGUGCCAUGAAAAUCAUGACAAAAAACUAAACAGAUGUGCCAUCAAAGGUGGCCUUCUGACAUCUGAAGAAGAUUCUGGCUUUUCUACGUCACCAAAAGAUAACUCACUGCCAAAAAAGAAGAGGCAGAAAACAGAGAAAAAAUCAUCUGGGGUGGACAAAGAGAGUGCUUUAGACAAAUCUGACCUGAAGAAAGAUAAAAAUGAUUACUUGCCUCUUUAUUCUUCAAGUACUAAAGUAAAAGAUGAGUAUAUGGUAGCAGAAUACGCGGUUGAAAUGCCACAUUCUUCGGUUGGGGGCUCACAUUUGGAAGAUGCAUCAGGAGAAAUACAUCCACCUAAGUUGGUUCUCAAAAAAAUAAAUAGUAAGAGAAGUCUGAAACAGCCACUGGAGCAAAGUCAGACAAUUUCGCCUUUAUCUACAUAUGAAGAGAGCAAAGUUUCAAAAUACGCUUUUGAACUUGUGGAUAAACAAGCUUUACUGGACUCAGAAGGCAAUGCUGACAUUGAUCAGGUUGAUAAUUUGCAAGAGGGGCCCAGUAAACCUGUGCAUAGCAGUACUAAUUAUGAUGAUGCCAUGCAAUUUUUGAAGAAGAAGCGGUAUCUUCAAGCAGCAAGUAACAACAGUAGGGAGUAUGCCCUAAAUGUGGGCACCAUAGCUUCUCAGCCUUCUGUAACCCAAGCAGCUGUGGCAAGUGUCAUUGAUGAAAGUACCACAGCAUCCAUAUUGGAUUCACAGGCACUGAAUGUGGAGAUUAAGAGUAAUCAUGACAAAAAUGUGAUUCCAGAUGAGGUCCUGCAGACUCUGUUGGAUCAUUAUUCCCAUAAAGCUAAUGGACAGCAUGAGAUAUCAUUCAGUGUUGCCGACACUGAGGUGACUUCUAGCAUAUCCAUAAAUUCCUCAGAAGUACCUGAGGUCACCCCGGCGGAGAGUGUUGGGCCAAGCCCCCAAGCAUCCUCAUCAGAUAAAGCCAACAUGCUGCAGGAGUACUCAAAGUUCCUGCAGCAGGCUUUGGACAGAACUAGCCAAAAUGAUGCCUAUUUGAAUAGCCCAAGCCUUAACUUUGUGACUGAUAACCAGACGCUUCCAAAUCCGCCAGCAUUCUCUUCCAUAGACAAGCAAGUCUAUGCAGCCAUGCCCAUCAAUAGCUUUCGAUCAGGAAUGAAUUCUCCACUAAGAACAACUCCAGAUAAGUCCCACUUUGGACUAAUAGUUGGUGAUUCACAGCAUUCAUUUCCCUUUUCAGGUGAUGAGACAAACCAUGCUUCUGCCACAUCGACACAGGACUUUUUGGAUCAAGUGACUUCUCAGAAGAAAGCUGAGGCUCAGCCAGUCCAUCAAGCUUACCAAAUGAGCUCUUUUGAACAGCCUUUCCGUGCUCCUUAUCAUGGAUCCAGAGCUGGAAUAGCUACUCAGUUUAGCACUGCCAAUGGACAGGUGAACCUUCGGGGACCAGGGACAAGUGCUGAAUUUCCAGAAUUUCCCUUGGUGAAUGUAAAUGAUAAUAGAGCUGGGAUGACAUCUUCACCUGAUGCCACAACUGGCCAGACUUUUGGCUAAAAAAAAAGUGUAAAUAAUACUGGCACUUUAGAACAGAUUAAUCAAGAGUGGGGUUACUCUGUGUAAAAUGGAGUGCUGUACAGAUUUACGAGCUAUGCGUUAUAACAAGUUAAGCUGAUACGAAUAGCAAGAUAAUCCAAUAAUUGCGUUUUGUUUGGUUAGUCAGCAUUCUUUGAACUGCCUUACAUGUUGUCACCUUUAUAGAAGCAAUGCAUUACUUGUUUUAGAUCAGAAACUUGCUAUUCCACCUACACCAAGUUUAAAAGGAAGAAAAAAAAAGACUUCGCACAAUUGUUUCCUAACUGAUAACGUUGUACAUUCUUAGGAGAUUAGUAAUUGUGUGAAAUUGACUCAUACUGUUUCUAAGUUUUUCAGCAUAGUCAUUGCACUUCAGCAGGGAAUCUGAGUAUACUUUACAGAGUGAACUUAAAAGUUUAAAUGUCAAGAGAUUAUGGCUUAAAUAAACUAGUGUGUCCUAUCAAGGGAAAAAAAGAAACCAAGAAACCACCUUUUAAAAAGAAUGAUACGCCAUAUACCCUUGAUUUUCAUUUUGCAUUAUAUUAACAUGUUUUUUUUUUUGAGAAAAAAAGUAAUAAAAAUCUGAUAGUCUAAGACUCCACUAUUUAAAAGCCUAAUUACUUUAAAUAUAUGCAUACUUUCAAAACUUCUACCAAAAUACCUAACUGUUGAAGCAUUCACUUCUCUAUGGAAGUAUGCAUAUUGAUGUCAGUUUCUUUGUACAGUUGUACUUAGAUAUUUUUUAUGAUUUUUCAUGUGCAGGUAUCAAGGUUUUGAAGAUUUAGUAAAAAAGAUAUUCUGUAGAUUACAUUCCCAAGAACAUAAUGCUUACACAAAAAUGUAUAUUCCAUGUUUUAAAGCUUAAUUGUAUUUUACUUUACAUAUACACUUCAGUUAACAUAGAGCACUUAGAAUUUAUUUGGUAUUUUUGAUUUCUCAAAGUAAAAUAAAAUUAGAUUUUUAGGUUUGAUAUGGUUGUGUCAUAAUCAUCUCAUAUCUGACAAUUUUAAUUUUUGGCAAUAAAAGGAAAUUGGGUAUCUUUGGAACUGUAAAACCUGGUUUAAUCCUUCUCUUUCUAGAAUCUUAAUAGAUUGGAUAAUUAAACAGUAUCCAGAGAAACUAAAGAAAUGGGCAUUUUAAUUGCUUAUUUUAUCUUGAAUUCUUUUUAAUGAACACUGCUCAUUACAAUUUUACAAACCAAAAAAAGUGUUUACUAACUCAAGUAACUACAGUUUCUUUUUCAGCUAGAUGAGUGAUCGGAAACUUUUUGUUGCAUUUCAAAAUCUAAAUAAACUACAGACUUUAUCCUUA